GAACAAAAAUUCAAUGGCGUCGAUGCAUGCAAAACCUCUCUUUCAGUCAAGAAAAAUACAAACAAGUUUUUCUACCUUGUGUAUUUCAUUAUCGUUUUGAUAUUUUUACACAAAUUCGUUUAUUUAAAACAUUCUCCAACCAUAGAGUGAAAAACAGUGAAUUCAUUCGAUUCAAGUUGAGCAUUAAAGAAAAGCACAAUGAACAUGGGGGAUCCGCAUGCGAAAUAUUAUAAAAUGUGUCUGCAACCGGAAUUUGAUGAGCACAUGGCAGCACAACAAACAAAUAGAUGGAAACGGAAAAUGGAGAAGGGCAUGAUGGGACUAUCAUCAGGUCACGAGCAAACAGGCAUAUCCUUUCCAGAAAGCAGUGGACAUGAGGAGCCUCCCCAAAAUUUUACGAGAUUAACUCCCAAACAGGCGACUGACCACACGGCAUGUAAGGUACAAAUUAAUAAUUUGACGCGAACAGUACACCAGUAUGAAACUGCACUCGGCGAAUUGCAAGGAAAAGUCGACAGUCUCGAGAAUGUAAAAGAAGAACUCGAAUCAUUGAAACGUGAAGCGGCAGAAUUGCGUGUUCUAAAUCGACGCUUGCAGGAAAGAAUCCUGGAGGGUUUUGAUGGCCAACCUGGAAACAGACAGGAGAUCGAAAGAGAGCCAACACCAGGUUUUAUUUGCAAAGUCACAAACAGGAUUUAUCUUGGCAUGAAUCAAUGGUUGCCAAUGCAAAGUUGGAAUUUAAUAACGAGCGAUUGCAAGUCGCCAGCUCAAUUUAUCCGACAAAUGAUGGUCGCAAUGUUUCCUUAUCAGACUCUACUUCAGCAAACAGUUACAGGAAAAGGAUCAAAUCGGAAUAGAAGUGGUCCUCCAUCCGAAGGAAGAUUAGAUCCAGAAAAAGUCCUUGCUAUCAAAUCUAUAUUUCAAUGGUAUUUGAUCAACGUGAAAAAGAUGAGUCUCGCACAAGCCGAUUCUCAUGUGGAAAAAACAAAGGCGUAUAUGUCGAAAAAGAUUGCCCAAAUGAAAGACAGUGAGAGUAAAGCACAAGAUCCUUUAAUAGUACAAGAGUACAUUGCACAGGAAAAUCCCUUCAUUAUGGAAAAUGGAGGAAGCAAUAUUAGUUAUAUAAAAGAAAGUGACGAUGAUUGGGACUCUUAAUUGAAAAAAAAACCCUUUCCGUUUUCUGUACCUAUGCACAUUAUUACAAAUCGAUUAUAUAUGACUGUCUAAUUAUAUUUCUUUAGAGAAUAAAUAGUUAUUACU